AUGGCUGUUAGUAAGGGAAUGCCAGCGAACUGUGGGAGAAGAUUAAUUCCCCAGAUUCUGGAUGACCUUGCAGCUUCUGAGCCCGAUCGCAUCAUAUACUCUUUCGCCAAGUCCUCGGACCUGUCGCAGGGUUUCCGUCAUGUAUCAGCUCGUGCUUUUACGAAGGCAGUCGACAAGACUGCUUGGCUACUUCAGCGGGAGCUGGGAGUGACGUCGGAUAUCCGCGCCGUGGGAUAUAUCGGGCCUCAUGAUCUCCGACAGAUUCUCUUGACAUUCGCUUGUAUCAAAGCUAGUUGCGCUGGCUUGUUCCUCUCCCCAAAGAACAGCACCGAGGGCGCUCUAGCCGUUCUCAAGGCGGCAAAUUGUAACAUCUGGGUCAACCCUGCUGGUGAGAAGCCAACGCAGCUCGUGAAUGAAUUUUUACAGCAUCGGCCUAUGCAUGUCUUGGAGCUGCCCAGGCUAGAUGAGCUUCUUCCUGAGGAUGAAAGCGAGCUGGAAAACGUGGAGCCGUUUCCUUACACAAAGAGCUGGGAAGAUGCGAUUAACGACACCUUCUGCAUCCUCCAUACUUCGGGCUCAACUGGCUUGUCAAAGCCCAUAUCAUGGACGCACGGGCUGAUUGGUACUGUGGACGCUGUCCGACUGCUGCCCCCUCAUGAGGGCAUGGAACCCUGGGCGAAAGGUUGGGAUGAUGGCGAUACGCUGUAUUCGACAUUCCCUUUGAGCCAUGGAGCGGGGAUUUUGAUGGACGUGGUUAUAUCGCCGCUGUUUGGGCUACACUGCGUCCUGGGACCUCGGGACGUGAUACCAAACCUGGAACUCAUAUCGUCCAUGGCGGAUCAGAUCAAGAUCGACAUCUGGAGCAUGAUUCCCUCGCUAACUGACGAGCUUGGAGAAGCCCCUGAUAUCUUGCCAAAAUUAAGUAGAUCGAAGUUCAUCUGCGCCUCGGGAGGACCUGUUAGCAACCAUUUAGGCUCCAAGGUGAACGAGCAUGUUCGCAUCUUGAACCUGACCGGCACAUCGGAAGGUCUUUUUAUCGGCAACCUGUGGGUAGACAGACACGAUUGGCACUGGUUUGCCUUUCAUCCUUGGUCGGGCUUCGAUUUCAAGAUGGUUGAACCCGGUCUUUACGAACAGUGGAUCUAUCGCAACAAGCACGAUCAGUUUUUCCAAGGUCUCUUUCAUACCUUUCAAGAUGUAAACAGUUUCAACUUCAAGGAUCUGUAUGUUCAGCAUCCGACCAAACCAGGAUUCUGGGCGUCACACGGCCGCAGUGAUGAUGUUGUGGUGCUUUCGAAUGGAUACAAGAUCUCGCCCCUCGAUACGGAGGCCCUCGUCACAUCUCACCCGGCUGUUGAUGGUUGUCUCAUGAUCGGAUCGGGCAAGCCACAAGCCGGCCUCCUUAUAGAGCUGAAAGACCCAACAAUCAAGAGGGAUGGUGAUGAUGCUGAAGCGCUCUUCAACAGCAUCUGGGCUGUGGUCGAGAAGGCCAACUCCCUGUCUUUGCACAAGAACCAGCUUCACCGAGACUUCAUCGCCUUUUCCGAACCAGGGAAGCCAUUCAUCCGUACUGACAAGCGUACUAUCAAACGUCGGGCUACCAUGGCGCUGUACGCUGACUAUAUCGAGCGUUUCUACCAGUCGCGUGGGGAGGACGACAGCAACACCGAAGUGGCAGCACUUGGACUACUGGCUAUCGACACAGCAUCUUUAGACUCAACCACCCGCGCGGUUCGGCAUAUACUAGCUUCGAUCGUGCCUGCGGUCAAAGACGCUCCAGCGGAUGCUAAUCUAUUCACUCUUGGGUUCGACUCACUGCUUGUGUUCAAGGCUACCAAGGCGGUAGCGGCAGUCACAGACUUGGGGGGUGUAUUUCUGCCACGAAACUUCUAUGCUGGACCAACUAUUGAGGGGAUUGCUGCCACUGUUGUGCGAUUGGCUGCUGAGCGUAGAAACACGACAACGAACGGAGCCACUACCACAUCGUCGACUGAGAAACAACAGCAAGAUCCACAAGAAGACAAGAUCAAAGCACUGACGAACCGACACAAAGCUCUUCUAUCCUCCAAGCUAGGCCCAAUAGACCUUUUCGGCGGGAAUAUGUACGAGGGAAUCAACGUCUUCAUUCCACUCUGCCCAGGUGUCUCCUUCAAGCAGGCGUACAAAGUACUUCAGCGAGGUCUGGUCCGCGCCAUGGAGAUCGUACCGGCUCUUGCGGGUAAAGUCAUACCCUGUUCGGAGCACGAGAUUGGAUAUAAGAAGGGAGAUGUUCGCAUCAGUCUGCCUCCACUGCCCUCCACGGCCUUAGGUACCAUUUCUUCCGAAGAGCCAAGGCAAUUGCGCUUUCGCGACCUCUCAUCUAUCGUACCGUCUUAUGCUGAGCAGCAGGCCUCUGGGUUCUUGACCUCAGCUUACCCCGACGAGCUCUUGACUAAUUGCCCCUCCUUCCCCGACCUACCUACGGAUGUGCUCAGCGUACAGGCCAAUUUCGUCGACGGAGGCUGCGUCUUGGCCUUUAAUGUUCAUCAUCACGCUUUUGAUGGUAUCGGCAUGUUGAUCGCGCUCACGGUAUGGGCAGAAUGCUGCCGUUUCGUCCAGGGCGAUCAGUCUGCGACUUCCGAGUGGCUGCACCCAGAGAGCCUCAAUCGUGACAUGCUAUCUAUCUUGUACGAGGUGGAGGGUCUCGCGAAGCCAGCGUCUGAAGUCGACCCUCGGGUUUGGGGCUUCUUACCAUACGCUGAUCCAGCACUGAAGCGCAAGCAUCACGAGAAAGAGGAAGACACAGAUAUGACAGAGGCAACCGCGGUCAACGGAGAUAUUAAUGAGCCUGAUGCUAAAAGAGCCCGUCUGUCUCGUCGUCUGCCUGAGCCGCCUGUACUCCCCGCCUGUGAGCAUUGGCCGCCUGCGCCGCGCGCAGAUGGUCGCACGUUGACGGCGUCGACCUUCGUCAUUUCCGCAGAGAAGCUUGAGAAACUUCAGAAGAGUGUCGAAGCUGCCGAAGCCGCGGACCCGGAAAGUCAAAGCCAGAGCAAGGAAUCAGGAUCGCUAUCCCUUGGCGAUGUGCUGCAAGCUUUCUUCUGGCGCGCCGCCGUCCGUGCACGUCGCCGCUCCGAAGACUCCUCCUCCGAUGACAUGUCCAUCAUCGAGAUGCCCACUGACGUCCGACCCCAUUUCAGUUCACAUCUCCCACCAACAUACAUGGCCAAUUGUGUCAUCAUGAACCGACAGCAUAUAUCUGUCGCGGAGCUCUGCUCUUCCCAGACAUCUCUCUACAAGAUUGCCCAAAUCUGCCGCGAGGCGCGCACUCGAGUGGAUCAAGAGCUUGUCCACGAUGCCUUUAGUCUACUACAUAGCAUUGAAGAUAACAGUCCAGGAAAUCAUACGACGGCGUUCCUUGGCCAGGGCAUUCAGGACGGUCCACAUUCGCUCUUCAACAACAUGAUGCUUUUCCAGGCGAGCGAUAUUGGGCCCUUCGGUGGUGGUGUAUUCGAAGCACCAGAGGCAGUGAGAGUUCAGAUGGAUUGGCUGAAUAAAGCGUUCAGGAGUCUGUUUAUUUUGCCGAUGAGAAAGGACGGCGGUGUCGAGUUGUUGUUGGGGACCUUACCAGAGGAACUGGAUGCGAUGAAGAAUGAUCAUGAGUUUGUGCAGUUUGCCGAGUUUCUGGGCUAG